AUGCCAAAGAAGUCGAAGCCGAGUCUGUUGCAGAAGCCAUGUCGAAUGCCACCAAAUGUGAUACAAAUAACGAGGCGUUUGUUCGUGCAGCUUCUGCUGGCUUUUGGACUCUGCGCCAGCGAUGACUACGACAAUACAUACAUUGACAGGCUUACUUUCAGCAGUGAUUCUGAAGCCGCUCCGUGUGGCUGGGGACGCGAGCGGCGCGGCGCAGCCCAAUGCGACGAGCGAGCAACCGGGCCGCCGCCCGCAGAUUUUUCCAGGGCGAGCAAGCAGGCCAAAUGCCAGGCUUGCCCCACGUGCCCCGGCUGCCUCAAGUGCCUGUCGUGCCCCCCGUGCCAGGCGACCGCGCCCGCCGGCUACAAGCGGCACGGCGACCUCGGCUACUACAAGUUGCACCACCACGACAAGCCCUGGAAUGACGCCAAGAACACCUGCGAGCGCGAAGGCGGCUACCUCGUCGUCAUCAACUCCAAGAAUCCAUUUAGAAAACGCUUCUUCGGUGACAUUGGUAUACGAAAAAUUCAAGGAAAUGAGAAGCCCUCUGUUUUUAACAGGGAACAGCUGGGAUACAGAGCCGUACAGCCUUCGUACUUGCCAGAACAUUCCCUGGCAUUUGCUUCUACUACUGCAGGGGACACCAAAUCUUUUUCUCAGGACGAAGCUAAGGUACUGAACAGUAUAAUGAACAAGUUCGGUUACCGCACUAUCCACGCAGGGUUCUAUGACCCAAUCAAGAACAGGAGAUUUGUGACAGUAUUAGACAAUUAUCAAUGGUACCUGGAAUGGGCGCCGUCCCAGCCCGGCAGCAACCGCAACAGGAACUGCGGCACCUACACCACGCGAGGGCUCAGCACCAUCUAUUGCACGAGCUCGAGGCCGUUCGUGUGUGAGCUCUACGCCUAAGCGCUUGACCGCAGACGGUGCUCCUCCACCACCCCGGAAAGACACGAUUUGGAACACUUUGUAAGAGCUUAGUUACGGAAAUAAAAGCAUG